UGGAUGUCCAAUUGAAAUCAAUCAACGUGAAGAGCUUUUCUUGAACUUAGAAUCCCGCUGAAAGGUUUCUAGUUUUUGAGAGGCAAAAUUGGGCAAUUUGGUGAAGAACGAAGACCAUCAGUUCUUGAGUUUUAUUGGGAUAUUGGCAGAGAGAGAGAUAGAGAGAGAGGAGGGAGGAGGUGUAGGCAGAUGGGAGAGACUAGAGGAUGCGCUGUUUACAGUAUUUUUCUGCUUUGGAUGACUCUGCAGCUCUGUUGUGCUACUUCAUCUCCUUCUCAAUCACAAACCAACCAGGGUACUGACGUUGCUGCCCCAAGAGAAGAGCAGACUGAAGUUCAUUGUUCCCGAGAGAGGAGUCGAGCAGCCUGGAAAAUAAUAGAGGAGUAUCUCAUGCCUUUUAUGGAGAAGCAAAAGUAUCAACUUUCAAGCCAAUGCAGACUUCAUCCAAGCAACGAUAUAUUUAGAGACCAAGAGAAGCAUAAGAGUCAUAUCGACAUAAAUGAGUGGCGAUGUGGGUAUUGUAAGAAAAUUUUCCGAGCUGAAAAGUAUUUGGAUCAACAUUUUGACAACAGGCACUACAAUCUUCUAAAUGUUAGUCAUGGCAAGUGCUUGGCGGAUCUAUGUGGAGCUUUACAUUGUGAUUUUGUGAUGAAUUCACAAUCUCUUAAAACCAAGUGUAAUCCUGCUGCUGCUGCGAGGAACCGUCACUUAUGUGAGAAUCUUGCUGACAGCUGUUUUCCCAUUAAUGAGGGACCCUCAGCAACUCGUCUUCAUGAAUUUUUCUUACGCCAAUUCUGUGAUGCCCACACUUGCUCAAGAGCAAGAAAACCUUUCUCUAGGGGAGGCAGGAAGCGUACCAGUGUCUUCUACUUGGCAAUUUCAGUACUGGUUUUGAUGUUCCUUCCUUUAUUCUACUUGAUUGUAUAUUUGUAUCAGAGAGAAAUGAAAACCCAAACAACACAGCUCAAGCGCAUCUCAAAACAUGGAAGAAAACCAAAGCCCUCUUGAUGGAAGCUGUCUGUUUAACACUACAGUUUGUUUCUUUACAAGAACGACGGUUUGGAAAAACUUCUGAUCUGAUUCAACCAUGAUUUGCACUUCUUCAUUCUGUUGCAUGUUGUCUAAAAAUUACUGCCUUCCUUCUUUCAUUUCUGUUCAGGUAGUCGGGUCAGUCUCGAUUUUUCUCUUGAGAUCCCAAUAAUAUGGGUUUUCCAGUAGAGUUAGUUGUACAAUUACGAAAUCAUCUGAUCGCAUUUCAGAAACGAAAAAAGAUUGUAAAACUGGUGUUCGACUCUUGUUGUUUGAGGUCAAGUUUCUGGAAAAUAUCAUUUUAAAACUA